AUGUGGGUGCGCGUCGGUCAAGUUGGUGGUAUUGUUUUUUUUCAGGCAGAGCCAACCAAAUGGAAAGUCGUUAUAAUUGUAAUGGGUUCUAAGGCAACUCGCCUUUCCAAAUGCGUCGCGACAAAGUAUAAGGGAUUAAAGAGGACGAAAAAAGAGAAAGAAAUGGACGUUGCUAGAGAAUUGCAAGGACUCGGCGUGCAUUUAAUGUUCCUACAAUUCGAAUCGAAGCGAAAUCCUCUUGAAGAUGAUUAUUUUGCUGAGUCACUCGUCGGUUUCAACAGAAUGGUUUUCCCAAUGACGCUACCUAGCCAGAGUCGUCGCAGAUCAUCCGAUAGCAUCAAUGAAGUGACGAAAUCCCUAGAAUCUGUGUGUUUCCCGCGGAAAGCCGAUCAGAAUAAUCUGCCCACCUUCAAAUGUAAACGUGGAACAGCUUUCAUUCCUGCUCCAUCAAAGUCGGUGGCGUUCAUCCUUGACAACACGGGACAGGUUGAUGAGAAACUGGAUUGGUCACACGUAUGA